UCUGGUUACCUUCAUUCAUAUCCCAAGUAAUCAACCAACCAAGCCACAACAAGAGACAUGGAGUUGUUCUUCGUCUCUCUCCUUUGUUCUUUCGUCCUCCUCGUCCUUCUCUCACUCCACUUCCUCUUCUACAAGAACAAAGGCGCCAACCUCCCUCCGGGAAAGACCGGAUGGCCGGUGAUCGGCGAGAGCCUGGAGUUCCUCUCCACCGGAUGGAAGGGCCACCCUGAGAAGUUCAUCUUCGACCGCAUGACCAAGUACUCCUCCCAAGUCUUCCGCACCUCCCUCCUCGGCGAGAAAGCCGCCGUCUUCUGUGGCGCUGCCGGCAACAAGUUCUUGUUCUCCAACGAGAACAAACUGGUACAGGCGUGGUGGCCGUCCUCAGUUGAUAAAGUGUUCCCCUCCUCCAACCAAACCUCCUCCAAAGAGGAGGCCAUUAAAAUGAGGAAAAUGCUCCCUAACUUCUUCAAACCCGAGGCGCUGCAACGCUAUGUGGGCAUCAUGGACACCAUAGCCCAGCGUCACUUCGCCGCGGGUUGGGAGAACAAGGAAGAGGUUGUGGUCUUCCCUCUCGCCAAGAACUUCACCUUUUGGCUGGCUUGCCGAGUGUUCGUGAGUGUAGAAGACCCUAACCACGUCGCUAAGUUUGCUGAUCCUUUUAACCUACUGGCCUCCGGGCUCAUUUCCAUCCCUAUUGACUUGCCCGGAACACCUUUUCACCGCGCAAUCAAGGCAUCCAACUUCAUCAGGAAGGAACUUGUGGCCAUUAUUAAGCAGAGGAAGAUCGACUUGGCCGAAGGGAAGGCGACGCCCACACAGGACAUAUUGUCACACAUGCUUCUCACCAGUGACGAGAAUGGCAAAUUCAUGGCCGAGUUGGACGUGGCUGAUAAGAUUUUGGGGUUGUUGGUUGGCGGACAUGACACUGCUAGCUCCGCCUGCACUUUUGUCGUCAAGUAUCUUGCUGAACUGCCCGAGGUCUAUGAAGGCGUCUACAAGGAGCAAAUGGAGAUUGCAAAGUCAAAGGCUCCAGGUGAUUUGUUGAACUGGGAUGAUAUUCAAAAGAUGAAGUACUCUUGGAACGUGGCAUGUGAAGUGCUUAGGCUUGCACCUCCUCUUCAAGGAGCAUUCAGAGAAGCCCUCAAUGAUUUCAAGUUCAAUGGUUUCUCUAUUCCAAAGGGCUGGAAGAUAUAUUGGAGUGCAAACUCAACACAUAGAAAUCCUGAAGUUUUCCCGGAGCCUCUAAAAUUCGAUCCUUCAAGAUUCGAGGGAAGUGGUCCAGCUCCUUACACAUUUGUACCAUUUGGUGGAGGACCUAGAAUGUGCCCCGGAAAAGAAUAUGCCCGAGUUGAAAUACUUGUCUUCAUGCAUCACCUGGUGAAGAGGUUCAGGUGGGAGAAAAUGAUUCCAGAUGAGAAAAUUGUGGUUGAUCCCAUGCCCAUCCCAGCCAAGGGCCUACCAAUUCGCCUCUUUCCUCACAAAGCUUAGGUCUAUAUAUAUAUAUAUAUAUAUAUAUAUAUAUAUAUAUAUAUAUAUAUCCUUCUUCAACCAUAUGUCUCCCACACGAGCUUUUGCUAUGCUACAUAAAGUACUUAAGCAACGCUUUUCAUGUACUAUUCUUUUUUUUUUUUUUUUUUUCUUCUUCUUCUUCUUCUUCGUUUUUUGUUCUUAUUAUAUUACAAUUACAAGCAACAUUCUAAUCCUAAGAUUACAGAUCUAUUUUGUAACAAUGAAAAUAGGAAUACCAUUUUCAUGUAUUGGACUUGUUAUAAAAACUCUUCAUGUUUAACA